CUUCAGCACUCCCGCGACACUUGUGAGGAUAAGUGGCUCAGAUAACGAUUGAAUAUAAUUUUAAUACAUUAAGUACCGUGCACCACAUUCUGAUCAAAUGAAGUAAUGUUAAUGACUUUUAAAUGAAAAAACACAAAUAUAGUAUAAAUGUAGUAAAUAUUUGAAAAAAAAAAAGAGGGGAGGUCACAGUUCAAGCGAGGAGCAGCGGAGGGCGAAAGGUGAGUCAGCGCAACGACGUCACGAGUCUCCCAAAGCGGAGUCGGCUGAGCUCGACUGCGAGCGCUUUCGAACCUUCUAAUCAAUGUGCCCAAACUUCGUCCCGAGUGGAAGCCCCGCGACAAACUACAAACUAGCUGAGAAAAGCACUCAGGGUCGAACCCGGAAGUAAGGAUGGAGCCGCAAACGAACACUGACACGGCGACCGGGGCAAGCUGUCAGCGGGGAAGCGAGAAGGACUCUCGGGCGGGCUUCGUGGAGCAGCUGCUCGCGCUGGCCGGCGCCCUGGAGGAGAGAAGAGCGACUUGGGCACGGCGAGCGCAGCAGUUGAGGCUGGAAGAGGCUGGGAGGCAGCCGGGGGAUCCGCUCUGGAGGCUCCACCGGUGUUUGCUGCACAUGGACGGGAUUGCGCUGCAGCUCUUUGACUACUACCAGAGGGAUACGACGACCAAGAAUGCGACAUCAGAGCAAGUCACAGCGCCACAGGUCAAUGGCAAAGAGCUGUCCAAGUCCAGCCAUGAGGAGACGCUGGAGAGCUUUCUCCCCCCCAAGGACCCCUUCGUGGUUCAGGUCAUCCGACGGACCCCCAGCGGCCGCCCCCACGGCCCACCUCAGGAAAUCCACGUGGUAGAUGUGUGCACGCAGACCGACAUCACCUUCGAACACAUCAUGGCGCUGGCGAAGCUGCGGCCUUCGACGCCUCCUGUGCCUGACGUCUGUCCCUUCUUGCUCAGCGACAGCUGUCACUCCCUUCACGCCAUGGAGCAGGAUUACUACGAAGGCACCGACUACCUCUCGCCACUUCCGGCCGACGGCGAAAGGACUGAAGAGUUGGAAUAUGAGGAAGUUGAAUUGUGCCGACUCAGCAACCAGGAAAAGCUCGGCCUGACUCUGUGCUACAGGACGGACGAGGAAGAGGACGUGGCUAUCUACGUCAGCGAGAUCUGUCCCAACAGCAUCGCCGCCAAAGACGGUCGCAUCCGAGAGGGGGACCGCAUACUACAGAUUAAUGGCCGGGAUGUGCAGGACCGAGAGGAGGCCGUGGCCGCGCUCUCCAACGAAGAGUGUCGCAGCAUCCUGCUGCUGGUCGCCAGGCCCGAGAUGCAGCUGGAGGAGGCCUGGCUGGAUGACGAGCACAGCGAGUUCCUGGAGCAGCUCAAGAUGGAAAUGCUGGAGGAACAGCGGCACGAGGAGAUGGAGUUGGCCGCCUUCCAGGAGGAGCACGAGAGCGAACAGCAGGACGAUGACGACGACAAGCCCACUUGCUCCACGCUCCCUCAAAAUCAGGACGGGGGUCAAGUCCUGCAAGAGGAACUAGACAAUUCCGAGCACAACGUCCUGGCGCACAUCCAGAGUCGCUUGUCGCAGCGCCUCCGGGAUAACCCGGACCCGCGCCGCCCAGAAGGCCAGGAGGACGACGACGGGGACGAGGAGGCGGCGGAGGGUGAACGCUUCCAGCAGUUGCUGGAGCUCAAGUGCCAAAUCCGGAACAGCGGGGAGUAUGACCUCUUCUACAGCCGCCGCAGCACCAUCGAGUGCAGCGUCGGCGAACCGGGCAGCGUCCAGCACGAGCUGCGCAUGCUCAACGAGGAGCUGCGCAGUAUCGAACUAGAGUGUCAGAACAUCAUGCAGGCCCACAAGCUGCGCAACGGCCAGCGGUCAGCGAGUCCCCAUCGAGGGGAGCCCAGCAAAGGGAAGCUGGCAGACAUCAACGAGAGGUUGGAGAAGUCGGACAAGGAAAGCUCCAGCGCGUAUAACACGGCCGAGAGUUCCCGGAGUACCCCUCUGGCUAUGGAUCGCUCCCCGGAGCAUUCUCUCCAGAGGAUCGUGAGCCUCACCAACCAGAGGAACCUCCGCAGCAGCCUCGCCGCCGGACCCUCGCUCAGUCCCAGCCCCGUACCGGGUUGCCAGGCCCCACUCCUUGGCAAAAGCAGCAGCCCGGACCACAGCAAUCCCUCCGAGUCGGAGCAGAUGCUCCAACCCGGGGAGGACCGGCGCCGUGCCAAAUCCAAGCCUCGGGUGUCCCAGAUCCCUUACUUCUCUCCAUCACACAGUUCCCAGCAUCGGCAGGCCAACAUCCCGGCGCACGCCCGCCACUACCAGAGCUACAUGCAGCUGGUCCAGCAGCGCUCGGCCGUGGAGUACGCCCAGAGCCAGCUCAGCCUGCUCAGCGUGUGCAACAAGGAGCCCCAGGCGCCGCCUCUCCUUCUGGACGAGCCCAAGAUGGAGUGGAAGGUGAAGAUCCGCAGCGACGGCACGCGCUACGUCACCAAGCGGCCGGUCCGUGACAAGAUCCUGCGGGAACGGGCGCUGAAGAUCAAGGAGGAGCGCAGUGGCGGCAUGACCACGGACGAUGACGCCAUGAGCGAGAUGAAGAUGGGUCGCUACUGGAGCAAGGAGGAGAGGAAGCAGCACCUGGUGCGCGCCAAAGAGCAGAGGAAGCGCCGCGAGUUCAUGCAGCGCAGCCGCCUGGAGAGCCUGAAAGAGAACCCGCAGAGCGGCGGUGAGGCCAGCCGCAAGGAGGUCAGCAUCAUCGAGCUCAGCCACAAGAAGAUGAUGAAAAAGCGCAACAAGAAGAUCCUCGACAACUGGAUGACCAUUCAGGAGCUGAUGACGCACGGGACCAAAGCUCCGGAAGGAGCCCAGGUCGACCAAGCGAAGACACCCACUCCUGCCACCGCGCCAUGCUUCUCCCUUCAAGAAGUCUUUUAUUUUUUUUAAAUUCUGUCAGGAAACACGGAAUGAGCGGAGCGAUCUGAAGGCGUCUUCCUGUCGCGUGCCCCGCCAUUCACUCCACUUAAUGGCUCCCGAUGCAUCAACAUGUGUGGCAGCUGUUUGUUUGAAGAUAUCGUCACACCCCCAUUCCCCAUGAGGCCAUGUUCUAAACUGGUUUUUACCCUCUUGUUGGGUGUCCUACUUCGCGCUCCUCCAGAUCGGCAGCCUCCUGUGGCCGCUUUAAUCUCACAUCACAGGCUGCUGUACCUGGUUGGGACCUCCUGCUGUGCAAAUUCAGCAAAGAACUUGGCGUGGUUUGCCUGUGUGGGUUUUGCGUGACUUCGGUGGCUUUGUUUGUAUUGAGGGUGUGGACUGGAGCACGUUAUAGGGGUACCAUGUAAACAGCUACACAAAUCUGAUAUACUGAGUGUAUGAUGUGUAAUGAUCAUGUUGUAAAGUAUUUAUUACACCUUGAUUAUACUUGAUCAGCCUUCACUACAAAUGAAAGGUUAGUUAGCAUAGACUUACUGUAAAUUGCUCUCAUAAUGCCUUUAAUGACAUCAUAAUUUAGGACCACAACUUUUCCAGGUAUACAUAUGGAAUUAAUGAA